ACAUGCAAAAAACAAGACUUGAACAAGCAUUGAACAAGCUACAUACCCCAGACUGCACUGCAAGACUGUGUCAAUGUCACAGAGAUGGAUGGCGAAAGCGAGUCAUGUGAUACUCCCCUGCACACUGCUGCGAGACGUGGGGACUUAGAUGAGGUCAGAGAGCUGUUGAAAACAAAGCAAUAUAAAGUGGACGCCAGAAACUCACACAACCAAACAUGUCUUCAUCUAGCAUGUGCUAAUGGUCAUCUUGAUACGGUUUGGACACUAGCAAAUGACUUUGGUGCUGACAUAGGAGCUAUUGAUAAUGACAGAAGUACACCAUUACUCUUUGCUGCCAAGAACAACCAUGUACAAAUAAUUAUCAUGUUACUUCUAUUAUCAAUGCUCGGUAGACAACUCUUCAAUGGAAUAAGACUGCCAUGCUCCUUUAGCCACACUAAGCUUGAUUCUCAUCACAUACAAAUCUUCGAGGAAGUCCUCUUUGAGUAUUACAAUAAUUCUGAAGCAGUGGAGAAAACUAUGCAAGUGAUCUCGAAAUUUUUUCUUGAUCAGUUUAUCGAUUAUAAUGAUGUAGGCUUCUUUGCAUUGCUUAUAGCUGCAUCACUUGGUCUCAAAGACUUGAUUGAUCGGUUAGUUUUAGAAAAGAAAGCAGACCUCAAUAUUAAGGGCUUUCGUGGCUUGUCUGUUCUCCACUGUGCCUGUUAUGGAGGACAUGUACUGCUCGUGGAAAGCCUUGUUUCAAAAUAUGUUAUGGACUUUUCUGUGAAAGAUAAAUAUGGGUACUCAGUUUUGCAUUAUGCCAUAACAAAGGGGGUUCCAUAUACAUGCGCUGGUGGCCGUUUAAAGCUAAUGGACAAACUGGUGAUGGAAUGUGGCCUCAAUCCCGCAGAUAGAGAUAUUAUAGGAAACACACCUCUACAUAUUGCAGCCAUGUCUGGACAUGUUGAAGCAGUUAGACACCUGAUCAGUAAGCAUAGUGCUGAUAUUGAUAGCAUUAAUAAUGAGAACAAUACUCCAUUGAUGCUAGCUGCGCGAACUGGUAAUUCACAUGUAAUAGAUGUGUUAGUCAAAGAAUUCAACAGCAGUCGUCAUGUCCGAGGAUACAAUGGUCGAACCUUCCUUCAUCAAGCAUGCAAUGGUGGUCAUAUUGAACUGAUAGACAAACUGGUGAUGGAAUAUGGCCUCGAUCUCAGAGAUAGACACGAUGAUGGAAACACACCUCUACAUAUUGCAGCCAUGGCUGGACAUGUUGAAGCAGUGAGACACCUGAUCAGUAAGCACAGUGCUGAUAUUGAUAAUAAGAACAAUACUCCAUUGAUGCUAGCUGCACUGUAUGGUCAUGUGCAUGUUUUGGAUGCAUUCUUCAGAGAAUUUAACAGCAGUUGUCAUGUCCGAAGUUACAACGGCUGUACUCUCCUGCACUAUGCAUGCAAGGGUGGCCAUAUAGAACUAAUAGAUAAACUGGUAAUGGAAUAUGGCCUUAAUCCCGAAGAUAGAAAUGGUAAAGGAAACACACCUCUACAUAUUGCAGCCAUGAAAGGACAUGUUGAAGCAGUGAGACACCUGAUCAGUAAGCACAGUGCUGAUGUUGAUUGCAUUAAUAAAACGAAGAGUACUCCAUUGAUGCUAGCUGUACGUAGUGGUCAUGCCCAUGUUUUGGAUGCCUUAGUCAAAGAAUUCAACAGCAGUUGUCAUGUUCGAGGUUACAAUGAUCGUAGUCUUCUUCACCAAGCAUGUGAUCGUGGCCAUAUAAAACUUAUAGACAAACUGGUAAUGGAAUAUGGCCUCAGUCCCAAAGAUAGAAAUUGUAAAGGAAACACACCUCUACAUAUUGCAGCUUCGAAAGGACAUGUUGAAACAGUGAAACACCUGAUCAGAAAUCACAAAGUUGAAACCAAUAUCACUAACAAUAAGAAAUCUACCCCAUUGUGUUUAGCAGCUUAAGGUGGGCACCAGGUUGUGCCUCAUGCUCUGAUUGAAGAGUUCCAUUGUAGUCCACAUAUCAGAGGCUACAAUGGUCGAACUCUACUUCAUUAUGCUUGCAAAGAUGGCCACAUAGAAACAUUGAACAAUUUGAA